AUGGAUGCAGAAAAUCAGAGCAGGGCAGAUCUUGCUCUCCCAAACCCACAAGGGCCCUCUAGUGUGUCUGAAAUUGAACUCUUGGAUGUGUCUCCUCGUGACAAAAUCCUGCCAGAGAAUCCUGCCCUGUCCCCAACACAGUGGACAUGGCAGACAUUUUUGAAGAAGGAGUUGGAAUUCCUGGGGGUAACACAGAUUCUUGUUGCUUUGAUAUGCCUUUGUUUUGGAAUAGCUGUCUGCUCUACAUUUGAUAUUUCAGACUUUGAUGAAGAAAUUUUCUCAUCAUUUAGAGCCGGCUACCCAUUCUGGGGAGCAGUGCUGUUUGCCAUUUCUGGAUUUUUGUCAAUUAUGUCUGAAAAGAAAAAUGCAAUGUAUCUGGUAAGAGGAAGCCUGGGAGCAAACGCUGUGAGCAGCAUCUCUGCGGGAACAGCGACUGUCAUCCUGACCCUCAACCUGAGCAGCGGCUUUGUCUAUAUCAGCUCCUGUGAGGACCUCCGUGAGGACGACGGCUGCUUCCUGGCUUCUUUUAUCACUGAAGUUGUGGCCAUGUUGCUGUUUCUCACAAUCCUCGGGCUUUGCAGUGCUGUGUCACUCACCAUCUAUGGGAUUGGAGAGGAAUUCAAAGGAAACAGAGUCCCAGAUGAUCGUCUUUAUGAAGAAUUAAACAUUUAUUCACCAAUUUACAGUGAGUUGGAAGAUAAAGGGGAGAUGCCUUCUCACACUGAUUCAUAA